AUGCAGCUCUUCACAGCCUUGCAUCAAGCCCAGACAGCCCGAGUCAGCGUUGAUCAAGGUCGGACAACACCCCCGCAAUAUGCAGCACGUCACAGCCUCGCACCAAAGCCAAACGUGUGCGUCAGUAUUGGACCGAGUUCAGAGAGUGUCCAUCCCAUAAAUUGCUUGAGACCGUUGUACAUUCGCACUCGCUUGUUCGGAAUCUGUUGUGUUCCCUUUUGUGAGUCUUUUUCUCCGGCACUAGGCACUGGAGCGGGUGUAUUGUGGAAUUCAUUUCAGAUCCAACAGCUGUCUGUUCAGCUAGAUCAGCUUAGUCGGGAAUAUCAAAAUCAAGAACGUAACAUGGAGCAAAUGACUAUCGAACUGAGUACCGCUCAAGCACAAACCGCCGAUGCCAGAAGAGAAACACAACAACUUCGUGACCAAAUAUCCCGAAGACACAGCCUCCAGUCGGAUCGGAAGCCAGAUGAGGACACCGUGCAAGUGCUACGUGAGGAGAUUAAAGAGACUUCGGCCGCAAAGCGGCACCUCGAAGAGCAGUUGGAUGCGUUACAGAACGAUCUAGAAGCUUCCAGAAGGCAGCUCGAGGAGAAGACGCAAACAAUUGAAAUGCUGGAGAAUACUAAGCUCAAGCAGUACCAAGAAGAGAUAGCGAACCUUCAGCGUGAACUUCAAUCGGCUCGAUAUCAAAUCGAAAAUCUUGGAGGACCAGUUGAGCCUGGAACUGGGGCCAGGGGAUCGCCACUGAAGGUUGAGAUCGACUCAUUGAAACGUGAAAUAGUCAAACGGGAUGAUGCGAUCAUUCGCAUGGAAAAAGACUGUCAAGAGAAACAUCUACGCCGCAUUGAUGCUAUGCAGGCUCAAUUACGUCGUUUCGAAGAAGAGACUGGGAACUUGAACAAAGUGCUGGAUGAACAGCGUGCCGGGUUGGAAGAGCGCGACCGUCUAAUUCGACAGCUGCGAUCCAAUCAGAAUCAAACAUCCAGUGUCGAGCUGGAGAAACUUCGCGCUGAGCAUGCCAGAUGUCAAGAACAGUUUGACAAGCAAACCAAGCGAAUCAACACAUUGUCUCAACAGAUAGAAAGUCAGUCAGACGAAAUUCUGGCCAUAAAGUUUUGGCAUCCUGGCAGUACUCCAGACAUCGUGCUUUCGGGUUGCAUGGCAGCUGGCUUCCAAAAGGGAGCUAAGGCCGAACGACUUUUUGAGGCAAAUAUUGCGUUGAUGGAAUUGACUGCUCCCAAAAACGCGGCUUCCAAUCAAGCUCUGGACAAGAUGCGUACCGAACGGGACCAACUUCAAAUGCAACAAAGACAAUUG